GGCCCGGGGCCGAGGCGAUGGCGCCCUGGGCGCUCCUCACCCCUGGGGUCCUGGUGCGGACCGGGCAUACUGUGCUGACCUGGGGGAUCACGUUGGUACUCUUCCUGCAUGAUACCGGCCUUUGUUCAUCCAGGGACACACUUCCCGCCUCCAGUUGCACCCUCCCCCACCACGCCCGUUCCACAGUCCUGGCCUCACUCUCCCCCUCUGGCCUCUCCAGCACUGCGGCAGUGGGAAGAGCAGGGGGAACUGCUCCUGCCCCUCACCUUCCUGCUGCUUGUGCUGGGCUCCCUGCUGCUUUACCUGACCGUGUCACUCAUGGACCCGGGCUACGUGAAUGUCCUGCCUCAGCCCCAGGAGGAGGCCAAGGAAGAGCAGACAGCCAUGGUUCCUCAGGCCAUCCCCCUUCGGCGCUGCGGAUACUGCAUGGUGCUGCAACCCCUGCGGGCUCGGCACUGCCGUGAGUGCCGUCGCUGUGUCCGCCGCUACGACCACCACUGCCCCUGGAUGGAGAACUGUGUGGGCGAGCGCAACCACCCGCUCUUCGUGGCCUACCUGGCGCUGCAGCUGGUGGUGCUUCUGUGGGCCCUGUACCUGGCAUGGUCCGGCCUCCGCUUUUUCCAGCCCUGGGGGCUCUGGCUGCGGUCCAGCGGGCUCCUGUUCGCCACCUUCCUGCUGCUGUCGCUCUUCUCCCUGGUGGCCGGCCUGCUCCUGGCCUCGCACCUCUACCUGGUGGCCAGCAACACCACCACCUGGGAGUUCAUCUCCUCCCACCGCAUCGCCUACCUCCGCCAGCGCCCCGGCAACCCCUUCGACCGCGGCCUGACCCGCAACCUGGCCCACUUCUUCUGUGGAUGGCCCCCGGGCUCCUGGGAGACCCUCUGGGCCGAGGACGAGGAGGAGGAAGGCAGUAGCCAAGCUGUUUAGGGUUGCUGGAAGCCGGGGCCACCAUCUUGUGCCUGAAAACCAGAGAGGCCGCACCCAGAGGGGUCGGCCCUCCAAGGGCCUGGGGCUCCUCACUCCUGCCCACUCCUUCCGGGCCUCAGAGUGGAGCUGAGGGGCUGUACCCUGCCUCGGUGGGCAGCUCUGCCCUCCCCAGGCAGAAGAAAAGGAAGAGGACACAUGGGGAAGACUCAGGCACAAGGAGAGACCUGGGCUUCGGACACCUCCGCCCCACCCCCAAGCCAGGCUGCGUCCAGCGCACAGUUUGAUAAAUUUAAUGAACCAUAAAGCAAGUCAAGUAUUAAAAAAAAAACCAAACCAUU